AUGCUCGUCACCUCUCUAAAAAAACAACAGUUAUUCAAUGCACACGAUGCUGGAAAUGGCAUAAUGCACGAUCCUGUGCACGCCCCUCUCGAUGCCGACUAUGCGGCUCCUCAGAGCAUACUGAAGAGGGCCAUGUCAACCGCUGCACAGCCCCAGAGCCUCAUCAAUGCCCUCCUAGAUGCGCAUCUCAAAAUCCUACAGUUGAAUGUAGAGCACGCGCCAGACGCACAUGAAAUAGCCCUCACAUUGGCAUACACUAGCGACAUCAAUAUUAUCCUAAUCCAAGAACCAUAUACAUUCAAAGACCUCAGCCGACAGAUCACAAAAAAACAUCCAUCAUAUGAAUGCUUCUCCCCAACUGAUAGCUGGGCAAUAAGUGGCCGACCACGAGUCCUCACCUAUGUCCGAAAGAAGAAAGGCAUCCGGACCUCCCAGCUGCGCCCCUUUACAACUGACACUAAAGAAGCCUCGGAUCUCCUGUUCCUUCAGAUUUUUUCGCCCACAGGAAAGUCUGCUCUGAUAGUUAACAUCUAUAAUGCCCCAGCAGGCUGCAGCAGAGCAGGUGAAGCCGCGAAAGCUCUCACAACCCUGCCAGAGGCGUAUUUCCCUCAAACAACGAUACUUGCAGGCGAUCUCAACCUACUACACAACAGAUGGCAACCCUCGCUACAACGCAGCCCUACAACUUUUGCAGAGCCGUUUAUCAACUGGCUGGAUCUCCAGGGUCUAGUACUCAUUUCCGACAUAGACUGUCCCACACAUGAAAGGGGUAACGUGUUAGACCUCAGUUUCGCCUCAAGCCCUCUGGCACUCGCAGGAGCCAAAGCUAGCAUAGCGAGCCACUUAGAUGCUACCUCUGAUCAUCAACCACUAAUUACCACUGUUCCAUGGGAUCAGAGAUACAAGGAAACAGCUCAGAAACUGAGAUUUGACACACUAGACCACACCUCCUUCCUCUCGCUCCUCGCCUCUAAUCUCGCUGGCACCGAGAGCUCAGCCGCAACAGAAGAAGAUCUUGAUGCCCUUGCUGAAAAACUAACAUCUGCAAUUCAAUGA